UGCCGGACUUUCGCCUCGUCUAUGCAUUCGACCAAUAAGGUAGAGCCUUGGCCUAUAGGGGAGGAGGAAACUUCGUGAGAUCCCGGGCAUCUAUUUGCGUUCUUUUGUGGUGGCACUGGAGCUGUCAGUUUGUUUGCUGGACCCCUGGAAAAGAUAGUCAUAAUGAAAGUGGCAUCCUUUAACGUGCAAAGAUUUGGGGAAAACAAAGUGGCGGACAAAAAUACCCUUUCCACUUUAAUAAAGAUUGUGUCGCGAUAUGACAUCAUCGUUAUCCUCGAGGUGGUCGACACCAAAGGAAAGGCCAUGAAGAAAUUCCUGGAAGAGCUCAAUAAAGCCAAUCCAGCCAAACCCUACACUAUGACGGUGAGCAUGAGACUGGGACGCAAAACCUACAAGGAGCAGUACAUGUUCCUCUACAGAGAAAGCAUGGUGAAGGUGAUUGACACCUACCAGUACGAGGACAACCAGGCGGGAGACGAGGACGCCUUUGCCCGAGAGCCGUACAUACUGCGCUUCCGCUGCCUGAAAACAAAACUGAAGGACCUGGUUCUCAUCCCAGUGCACACAAAGCCAGAAGACACAUUUAAGGAGCUAGACGAGCUGUAUGACGUCACUGUGGCUGUCAGGGAAAAGUGGGAAACUGAUAACAUCAUGAUCCUUGGGGACUUCAACGCGGACGGUGCCUAUCUCUCUAAGGGGAAGAUGAAAAAGAUCCGAAUCCGCAGUGAUGUGAACUUCAACUGGUUGAUUGGGGAUGAUGUGGACACCACUGCUAACACAGGAAAUGACAACACCUAUGACAGGAUCGUGGUUUAUGGGAAAAAUAUGCUGGAUUCCAUAGUGCCAAAGUCAGCCAUGCCAUUCAACUUUCAAGAAGCAUUCGGCCUGACUGCAGAAACGGCUUUGAAUGUGAGUGACCACUACCCUGUGGAGGUAGAACUGAAGGCAGCCUAGAGAGUCUCGCAGGAGUAAAGUGGAAGCUCCACGAAGCUCGAGUGCCUGCAGAUAAGCGCAACAAGACGACCUCUCAAGACGAUUACUGUGCCUUCAGGACAUUUCUGCUGCAUUCAUACUACAAAAAUGCAGGAUGUUUACCACAAGUAUACAAUCUACUGCAAUUCUCUGCAGAACUGCUCAGGAUAAACCAUUAUAAAUCUUUUUAAUAACAUUAUGGACUUAUAAGAAAAUUAAGUAUGUUUUUAACAGUAUAUAUUUUAAAAUGUUUCUGAUGGAAAAACAUUAAGGAAAAAAAAAAAUUAAAAGCCUUGAUUCUAA